AUGGUCCGCGCUGGUGAAUGUAACACGACCUGUUGCCACGACCAUGGUUCCACUACAAGCACGAAGUACCUGGUCAUCGAAGACUCCAACUCGGGCGCUAUGAAUCAUGAUGCUAAAUCCGCUCCAAGGAUGCGAAGGAAGCAGCCUCUCCGAGCGGAACGGCCCACCGCGAUUGCAAAAGAGACGCCUCAACACGACACAUUGCCUCAUAGCCCUCUCAUCUUCGCUUCCUUGAAGGAUUUGGAAUUGCGUUCUGCCAGCCCAAUACGUCGAGGCGCCAUCAUCCGUGCCUUAAAACGGUUCUCUAUCCACACCACUGCUCCGGGCGAAUCGCUGAAGAGAAUGCUAGUGCUGGUGUGUACUUGCAGGUACAAACGCCCAGUCAAAGACGAGGUACCCAUAUCCCCUGGCCGCCCAACCUUAAUUCUCACUUUCCCCACAAUGUACAAGUGCAGAUCCUUACAGAUUCUCAACGCUGGCGCCGCGUGCGUGAUGCGAUCGCAGCGCGAUAUGAUGUUCGCAUUCGUGUUAACCGACAGUCCUUUCCUCUUCAGAGACGCAGAAGCGCAAGCCGUUUGCAAAUCCAACGCAAGCCAACGCCAUCAGCAAGCCACUAACCUCGAGACAAAGUCCGCAGGCAAAGCGUCUGUGUGUGAGCCUCCGCCGAUAUCGCCCCAUCAUGUCUUCACUGACUGCCGCCGGCUCAUGGACGAUCACUCUUCGACAAAUACGAAUAUCGCUCUGUUUCUCUUUUCCACCAUCGAUAAUCUAGUUGCCGCGAAUCAACCCGACCUAAGUUACAAUCAGUUCACAUCAUCGAAAUUUUUACCCAUUGUAAUUUCAAGAUUCAGUAUUUGCGGAGUUGGUAUUCAAGCCUCCGAGGUAGGUGCCCCAGAGGAUUGUGGGGUCACUCUUCCCAUCCCAGGUUUGGUUGUUCUCGCCAUCUAUUCAGAUGAACUGGUUCAUUGCUCGAAUAUGCAAAAGCUGGGAAAUGCGGAGAAUGUGGAGGGGCGAAGUGGUGGCUAUGUCACGGCAGCUGAACCUAGCGUUGCCGUACGUGGUGUCACCCAGCGCAAUAUGCUCUUCCCUGGAUUUACCUUCGGAGAGGAGGGGAGGGGUUCCGUCAACGAGGAUGCCAGAUGCGAAAAUGAUACCUCUAGCGACAAACCACCAACACAUGUUGCAACUCAAUUGACGAGCAAAGUUGGGCGUGAUUAUGAAACUGGGCUCGACCUACCAUACUCACCGAACAUACAUUCGCUUGUGCUUCAGCUGCGAUACGAAUGGCAAACGAGACAACGUGUCAUGAGACUUAGGACCUGGACUCUAUCUGACCCAAGUCGCCGCCAGGUGUCGCGCGAACAGUUGGCAGGUUGCGGCCAACGAGGGAAGGAAAAUAUAGGGUGCAUGGCAGAUUGGGAGGUGCUUUGCAGCAGCGCGCCGUUGCCCUCCUUUCUAUCCACUCCUUCUCAACGACUCAACUACACUAAUACCUUCAAUACAUACAUGAGCACCCCCCCAACCAGCCCUGCCAAGCCUAAUAAUAUUUUGGAGCUUGCAGGGCAAGAUCCUACACAUGAUCUGAAACAUGCACUGCAAGCAUCAAUGAACUAUGGAAGGGUGGUCUCGACGUCUGAAGUUCUUAUCAACGAGAUAAAAGGUCCUAGAGAGCUUCAGUUUCUGGUCAGGGGAAGAAGAGACGGAAGGAGAGAGCCCGAUUCGGAUGUGGUCCCCAAGGUACCAAGUACCAGAAUAGGAUUUGUACCAAUGUACAUAUACCUACCUGCCUACCUCCCUGCCUUUGCACUUCGUGCCGAAGCUUCGAUGCCUACAUACACCCAUCCGCAUUCUUUCCUAGUCUGUCGCGAUCCACAGUGCCGCAUCGUGACACACUACCACAUUUGCCCACGUGCUCCAAACUCCAUUAACUCAGCUCGACUAAGUCCAACCCAAGUCCAACCCUCCACAUGGCAGCACAUACAACUAUCUACUAACAAUAUACUCCAGACCUUCCACCAAACCUUCUCCUAA